AGAGAGCCAUUGCCCUAAGAGGUCCGACUCGUGAGGAAACACAGCUGUGUGACUUUGGUUCCGACUACGAAUGGACGCUUUGCUCAAGAAAAUAAAGUGAUCUGUGGGACUUUCAGUUUCGAUUCCGAAGAAAACCGUCUCAUGAUGUCGCUAUAUGAAGAUAUUGUGAAGUUCGUCUCGAUUAACCUUAAAUGCCCUAUAUGUAUGGAGAUUUUCACAAAGCCGGUUACACUAGUAUGUGGGCAUAACUAUUGUCAGAAGUGCAUUUAUGCAUGUUGGGCAAAGAGCAGCGCAAGAAGGGAUUGCCCACAUUGCCGUGCAGAUGUGAGCAGUAGUAAACUAGAGAUGAAUUUCACUCUGUGUGACAUACUGGAAUUACAGGACCUUGGUGGUCGCGAGAAAUGGGAGCAAAUUCUGGCAGAAGCAGAUCAAACGCCACACGCUACGAGAACUGUUACAAGAGUGGAUAGUUUAACGAAACGUCUGGAUUGGUUAAAAGCUGAGAUCAAAAAGACGGAAGCAACACUUUCAGCUGAACUAAAAUCAAAUCAGCCUUGUGAGGAUGGCAUUUAUAAUUCCUCAAUUGUUCCGAUGGAUGUUUCCAGUUCGUCUUUAGACAGUGAUGCUUCAAGUUGCUAUGCUGGCAUAAGUUUGAGUCAGACAUCAUGGGAUUUACCUUCUCAGUCUGAAGAGGAGAGUUCACAGGAGUUUGUAGACGAGGCUCCAGAGAAUUCAGAAUCUCUGUUUGAGGAUGCUCACCUCACUCCCAGUGCUGGAGCACAGCAGCGCAACAGAGACAGUGCUGAGGCUGGUCUUCAUGCAGAGUUCGUUGAGCUUACUUUUUCUCCCCAGCUGGGAAACAGGCGGCUGGUUUUUCACACGGAGAGCCGCAGAGUAGAAACACACCCGGGGCACCAAGCAAGAACCUCACACGGGCGUUUUGAUGCCUGUCAGUGGAUGGCGGAGCAGGAAUUCAGAGGAGAGUGGGUUUACUGGGACGUGGAUACCACAUUCAGCACUGGAUGGGCUGUUGGUGUGGCAUAUCCCAGUCUGAAGCGUAACGAGAGGUUGGGAAGAACACCCUCAUCUUGGUGUUUGGAGUGGAGCAGUGGGCAACUGAAUGCUUGGCACAAUAAUUUAAAAACCUCUGUUAAGCAUAGUAUCCAUAAUGGGAUCAGAGUCAUUCUGGACAUGCCAAAAAAACAGUUGUCCUUUCAGAGUCUGUGCAAUAGCCAGCUUGAAUUACACAUUUUCCAGGUGGAUUCUUCUGGCCCUUUCAUACCUGUCUUCUGGCUUUAUGGACUGUCACAUAAUGCCUUAACCUUUCCUAGACAUUGAGUUCAGGAUAACAUAGAUCUGUAGCAUUUACACUUUAUACUUUUUACACUCUAUUUUGUUUACAUAAUAUGCAUUCUAUUACUAGUACUAUAUAAAUCUAUACUAUAUGAAUCUUGAAUUUUCUUUUUUUUUUAUUUUUUUUUAUAACAUACAUGUCUAAUUUGGCUUUCUGGCUUUUAACCAUUUAGCCACACAUCCAUAUUAUUCUAGGACUGAAGAAUGUCCCUUUUAUACUAUCCUGGUUAAUUCUACAAUUUUAGAUUGCAAUACUGCUAAUAUUUUUGGCUCCUUUAUGAUGCUUUCUUCUUCUUCAUUGUAUUUUGGGCACUUUAGAUAAAAGUUAAAAUUUACAUGUAUAAAUGACUGCUGUAACAUACUGUAAUCUUAAUAAGUCCAAAUGGGUGCCCUAAGCAGGAUUGUAUUGUUGUGCCCCCUUCCUCAAAUUUGAUGAUGGAAAAAAACAACAACUAUGGGGUGAAAAUAGAACUUUAAUCAAAUAAAAAAGUAAAUGAAUAAAUUUUAUUAUUUACAAAUUGCAAUUGUAGCUCUCGACAUUUACCUAUGGCAAUAACUUUAUUAUGACUCUAAUUUAUUUUGUAGUCUCAAGCAUUCAGAAAUCAUGCAAAAGAAAGUUAAGCAGUUUUACUAUGAUAAGGGUUGUGAUAUGCAUGUUUUUUGUUGAAUAAAUUAUAAAGGCUGUGUCAUCUAUAACAAAAAGGUGUCCAAAAAUGAAAGAUUAAGUGAAUAUUUGAAUUAAAUGUUUGGUCAGUAGCCUAAACAAGGAUUUGAUUGUCCUGUAAGUUUAACAGCAGCAAUUACAUGGCAUUUUGCUCCCUUUGCAGGUAUUUGUAAUAACAUGUACAGAAAUUGUUUAUUUUGUAUUUACCUACAUUAUGUAUUUUAACAAUGUUAUACCAAUCAUUAUUGUAUCAUUGUAUUUUUAUAUAAUGCAUUUUAAGUCAUUUUAAAGGCCAUUGAGGUCUGUUUUUAUAGCAACAACACCACCACCAACAACAAAAAAUAUUACAGUAUAUUAAUACUUCUUUGUAAAUUAUUAUUUGAAGUAACAAAACCAUGGUUAAUUUGAAGUUACCAUGUCUACAAGAACGAUGAUUUGUGGUGUUAUUUUAAAAACCAUGGGUAAUCGUUUCGUAAGGCAACCUGAAAAAUAAAAACUUUCACAGGAAUUUGACUGAAAAGUGAUAAACGGGCCUUGUUUUUACCUAAUAGUUCAUCAUUUAUUUUAAUAUAUAUAAAAAAUGUUUAAAGUGUGCAUUGUUGCUGACACUUAAAUUAACACAAUAUAUCCAAUUGAAGCCGCGGCUUUCACCAUAACACGACAGUUCUUGUUAUAUGAACUCGGGAGGUGAAUUAAUUGCAUAGUUUAUCUCUGACUGCAUUCUGAUUUCGGAAUGUGAUCGCGUGUGUGGACCAAAAAUAAAUUUGCUGCUGAAAAUACAAUAUUUUAUUUUACCUGAACGAUUUAAGAUUAAAUUUAACGCUACUGAACAAAAUUCAGAGUUCUGAUCUUGUAAUAUUUAAUGUACUUAAUCGAUAUUAUAUCCACCAGUAAUAUUCAAUAUAUUAGCCACCUAGAAAUAAUACAGUGUUUUAUUUUUUGCAUUUGAAGAGCGAGAUGUUCCAUUACUGAUUGUGUUUGUAAUAUGUAGUAUUUUUUCACUUAUCUAGAGUUAUUCAUUUUGCAGGAUCAGUACAGAUUUGCUUCUGCAGAUACAGUCUGUAUAUUGUUGGAAAUUAAAAAUAAAUAAAUAAAAAAACAGUGUU